AUGAUGUCGAUUGGAAAGAGGCAGCCAGACCUGGAUCCCAACAGUAAGACGGCAAACGUGACGCCAGUCGUUGGACAUCUCCCGCUGUCUGAAGACGAGGGCUAUGAAUCUGGCCGAGAACUCCCUCCUCAGGACCAUGGCAGGGCUGCUUGGACGAGCCUGGUGGCUGUUUCGGCCAUCGCCAUGGCUACUUGGGGCUUUGGUGCUACCCAAGGGGUCUUUCGAGAGUACUAUUUCAAAACGCCCCCCCUCGAAGGGAACCAGCUGGUCGCAUCCACUGGUCUCCUCGUCGUGGGUCUGCUGCAAACCCUACCCCCUUUCCUACUCAGAAUCAUUGGCACAGACCCUCGAUACCGAUUCUACAUGAUGUGGAGUGGUAUGAUUUUGGUAGUGGCGUCUUCUCUCGGCGCUGCUUUCUCUACUUCGGCAGUGCAAGUCAUCAUGACUCAGGGUCUCAUGUAUGGCAUGUCAAGCGGGCUGCUCUUUGCGCCCUGCUUGACAUUUGUGGACGAGUGGUUUUCCAAGAGACGUGGAAUCGCCAACGGCAUCUUUUUCGGUGCCCCAAAUGUUGCUGCGGCUGGCCUCUCGCCCAUAUUCUCCGUCCUCCUGAAGCGUUUCGGACCUCGCACAACUCUUAUCGGGUGGGCUGUAUUCACUGCCGUUGUCAUCUCUCUUGGCAUCAUAUGUGUUCGCUCUCGGCGUACACACCAGGAGGAGAUAGCAACAACCGCAGCUCAAAAGCCGGCUUCUCUGCGAAGACUAUUCAAUCGUCCAGUUUUCUGGCUCUUCGUCUUCUCGAUGAUCCUGCAGAGUCUGGCGAACAAUCUUCCAGCCAACUAUUUACCCAGCUACGCAAGCGACUUGGGAGUCUCCCCUGAAAAGGGGGCCUUGUUGGUGACGUUCCUCUCUCUGUCUGGAAUUGUUGGCCAAAUCUCACUUGGAGCCCUGACGGAUGCGAUCGGGCCGUUGAUACCCAUGCUGCUCAGCACUCUAGUCAGCAGUUUUGCGGUCUUGGUGAUCUGGGGUCUGGGUAAGCUCUACUGGAACAUGGUCAUUGCUUCCAUUCUGUUCGGUGCAUUUGCCUUCAGUUUCAUGGUCCUACGCAGUCACAUGGCCGCUGUCGUUGUGGACGAUCCCGGCCGCACAGCUGAGGAGACGUUCGUCUCGGGCAUUUUGCUGUUCACGAGAGGUGUAAUCGGUGUUGCUUCGGGUUACAUAGCUGCCGCUGUGUUGGAACGAAGCGAUCAUAUUGGGGUGCAGCCAGGAUACGGCUCUGGAAAGUGGCGCGCCUUUAUCAUUCUUGUUGGUACCACGAUGACGGCGGCAACUUUAGGAGCUUUUGGAUUGUUACGAAAGCGGAAGGUAAUGUAG